AACCCGGGGAAGAGGCUCGAGGCCCCGCUGGAUGGAAGGAGAUGCAGCUGAGGGUGUAGGAGUGAGAAGAGGCCGGAGACCGUGCCUCGGGGAGGCUUCAGGGAGAGGGGCCGGCGUGAGGGGGCCAGAGUUGAAGGGGCGGAGGGCAGAUGGGUUGUGGGGAAAUGAAUUCGGAUGAAGGGGACUAAUACGUGCGGGACGAUAGGCUGUGUAGACAUCGGCCUCUCUUGCUGGAGUGAGAGCUCGGUGGGAACUGGAGGAUGCCCGGGAGGGGGACCCAGGUGUUAGUCAGGAAGGUGAGUGAUGUGGAGUUGAGGGUGAGUUGGGGACGCGCGGCGCAGAUUUGGUUCUUCCUGAGGUGACGAGAUGGGGGAGAAAAAAGGGAGUCGACCAGCCGCGGGCUGAGUGAUCUUUGGGGAUACCUUUGACAUGGCCAGGCCUUCUCCAGAUUCUAAAUGGCUUCUAAGAAGUUGGGUGCAGAUUUUCAUGGGACUUUCAGUUACCUUGAUGAUGUCCCAUUUAAGAUAGGAGACAAAUUCAAAACACCAGCUAAAGUUGGUCUACCUAUUGGCUUCUCCUUGCCUGAUUGUUUGCAGGUUGUCAGAGAAGUACAGUAUGACUUCUCCUUGGAAAAGAAAACCAUUGAGUGGGCUGAAGAUAUUAAGAAAAUCCAAGACCAGCGGGAAGCAGAGGGUAAGGUUGAGGAAGCAGAAGCUAAAGUGAAUUCUAAGAGUGGCCCAGAGGGAGAUAACAAAAUGAGCUUCUCCAAGACUCACAGUACAGCCACAAUGCCACCUCCUAUUAACCCCAUCCUUGCCACCUUACAGCACAACAGCAUCCUCACCCCGACUCGGUACAGCAGUACCAUGAAACAGAAAGUUCUCAGCCCACCCCACACAAAGGCAGAUUUCAAUCCUGCUGACUUUGAGUGUGAAGAAGAUCCAUUUGAUAAUCUUGAGUUAAAAACUAUUGAUGAGAAGGAAGAACUGAGAAACAUUCUGGUAGGAACCACUGGACCCAUUAUGGCUCAGUUAUUGGAUAGUAACUUGCCCAGAGGUGGCUCUGGAUCUGUGUUACAGGAUGAAGAAGUCCUGGCAUCUUUGGAGCGGGCAACACUAGAUUUCAAGCCUCUUCAUAAACCCAAUGGCUUUAUAACCUUACCACAGUUGGGCAACUGUGAAAAGAUGUCGCUGUCUUCCAAAGUGUCCCUCCCCCCCAUUCCUGCAGUAAGCAAUAUCAAAUCCCUGUCCUUCCCCAAACUUGACUCUGAUGACAGUAAUCAGAAAACAGCCAAGCUGGCAAGCACUUUCCAUAGCACAUCCUGCCUCCGCAAUGGCACGUUCCAGAAUUCCCUAAAGCCUUCCACCCAAAGCAGUGCCAGUGAGCUCAGUGGGCAUCAGAGUCUUGGGAUUUCAACUUUGAACUUGGACAGUGGCACAGAAGUGCCAGCCCUGACCCCUUCUGAUAUGAUAUCCCAGACGCCUUCCCUCUCUGUCUUGUCUGUGUGCACAGAAGAAUCGUCACCUCCAAAUACAGGUUCCACGGCCACACCUCCUAAAUUCUCAAUGUCACAAGUGCCCAACACUCCCAGCUGUCCCCAGGCUUAUUCUGAACUGCAGACGCUGUCCCCCAGUGAGCGGCAGUGUGUGGAGACAGUGGUCAACAUGGGCUACUCCUAUGAGUGUGUCCUGAGAGCCAUGAAGAAAAAAGGAGAGAAUAUUGAGCAGAUUCUCGACUAUCUCUUUGUACAUGGACAGCUCUGUGAGAAGGGCUUCGACCCUCUUUUAGUGGAAGAGGCUCUGGAAAUGCAUCAGUGUUCAGAGGAAAAGAUGCUGGAGUUUCUUCAGUUAAUGAGCAAAUUUAAGGAAAUGGGUUUUGAACUGAAAGACAUUAAGGAAGUUCUGCUAUUACACAACAAUGACCAGGACAAUGCUUUGGAAGACCUCAUGGCUCGGGCUGGAGCCAGCUGAGACCAGGCCCUGCCUAAACCCUGCCACGGAACCACCCCUGCAGGAGGCCCUGAGGAGCCCACCUGUGGGGAAGGAGAAGGGGCGCGCGUCCAGAUUUUCUUUUGGGGGUGGAAGGUCAGGUGUGGAGACUGUUUGCCAGUCUCUAUGAGCCUAGGCCCUGAGCUGGGGAGAAAGUGGGGAAGAUUUGGCAUGUGAAUGCCCUUAGAACUGUCCUGGCUCCUUCCAUAUUAAAUGUAUUUGUAUUUUGAGAAGUGUCCUUCCCACCUUGGCCCUCCAGAGAGAUGUCUCUGGUUUUUCUGGGGUCUGUAUGUCCUCAGCUGAAACCUGGGCUGGCUGCCAAAAGGAGCCAGGGAGAAGAGGCGGGAGGGCCAGACUCAGUGCUGCUCUGGGGCUAGUUGCUUCCCUCCCCCCCUGCACUGGUGGACUGAACUGUAAUACAGGUUGAGUGCAAUUGAAAGGUUCUUCCAGGGUUUUAUUUUCCCCCCCUUUUAACAAAGUCUCUUAGUGUUACACUGGUUCUGCAAUGUCACUGAGGUGCAAAGAAUGCCCUUUCCCCAUGGGGCCCUGAGUUUGCCUCUUCUGCCAGGCAGUUACCAUGCUUCCCUGACCCAGCCUGUUUCUUUCGGCUUGGUUUGGACCACAAUCCUCUGCUACCAGGAUUUUAGAGCCCCCUGCUCUAGGAAACAGUUGUCACAUUAAGAAAUCAUUGGCCCCUUCCCAGCACACUGAGUUGGGGAGAAACAGGUCAUGAUUUAGUUGCCCAGCACUAACUCCACCUCAGUUCUCUUUGGAGAACAGCCUCUCCCACCAGUCCCCUGCUCUAGGAUGACACAAUGAGUAACAGCUAGUCAUAGAAAUCAGUCUCUUUGGUUUGUUUUGUAUUAUGCUGUACAUCAUUAAAUAUCUAAAUACGGAGGAUAUACAGUCUUGAUUAAUCUAAAGUAAUUUGCUAAUAACUAUUUUGAUUCUUCAGAGAAAACUAAUAAAAAUCUAAAAGGUA